GUUACUACUUGCACAAUGUUUAUGGAUUUGUCGACCCUUGUUAUCGUCGCACUCCAGAAUCGCUCUGGCUCGCGCUUUGUACUCUCCUCUUGCUGCAAGAGAAACCUGUAGUUGCCCAAUGUUUUCGUACGACAAGGAGUCGUGCCUCGAAAGGAGAGAGGAAACAAGAACUUUUCAGGAGCGCUCCUGGAUUAGAUCGGCAAAACAGAACACAUAGCACUAAUGAAUCGUGAUUAACAAGAAUUUUGCUGAAGAGACGACCACACUGAUUUCCAAGCAGCCAACACAAACCCAACACCAUGUCCUCUGUUGCUUCUUCGCCAUCCGAUCCGAGCUACCCGCGACCGCUACUGGCGGAUCGCGGAGUAACUCCUCCGCAACUCGGCGUAAUGAGACCUAGCCUCGACUUCCAACAACAAUUCCUGAGAAAGAAGAAUUAUGGUGCUGGUAGUGGAGGUGGUAGAACUGGUAGAUCAUUGGGGAUGCUUACGUCGCAAUUGAAGAAUAGCGGUCCUGCAACAGGUCCAAGCAAAUCUGUUGGUUUUGUGGUACCCCAGCAACGGCAGCAACAAACAGCUUCAUCGAAGAUGAUCGCAGCUGCGAUGGCUAGGAACAACAAUGUCGGAGCAGGACCAGUGAGAUCGCAAGCAGCUUUGAGCAAUCAUAGUACACGACCUAAUCAUGGUCAAAGUGGCGCUGUAGUUGGAAACCACACGAUUCCAAAGCAUGGCGCAAGCAACAACAAAUCAUAUGCUUUAGCAGGCAGCAUGCUGAAUAGUCGACUUGCGGCUGGCCGUCUGUACGCUGCGUCACCUAUCAGUCCUGACAGCUCGACAAGAGUGAAGAAUCUUGUGCGAGGUAUUAUUUAUUUUGUGCUUGUUCUUCACCUGAUACACGACUUUCACGACUUUCACACUCACUAACAGAUAUUUCCCGUAGUUGUUCUACUUCUGCUCUACUUAAAAGAAAACAGUAACCCACUUGUUUGUGUUUCAUAUUCAUGCAUUACAAGAAUUAUUUUUCCCAACAUUUUUUCUUUCUCUCAGAUCUCCACACAACGACGAGUCAACGAUCUGUUGGUGGCAUAUCCUCGAUUGCAGAGCAAGCCUCUUUCGAGCAGAUGCAGUUACCGGGCUCUCCUGGAGGUCAAGAUUUUGACUUAACGACCCUAGAUUUGUCUGCUUUGCGUGCAUCACCAACGACCAUGGCGCAGAAAGUGAACAGAAGACUGGAGAUAGACGGUCGUGCUGGGGGAAAUAUGACGGGGAAGGCAAGUAGGAGCAAUAUGCUGGGUGGAGCGUCCUCUUCCUCUAGUUCGUCACGAAAUAAUCAACAUCAGGUGUACAAGCAGUCGUACAAGAACGCCUCCAAGAAUUACAAGGGUGGAUUAAAUGCAAAUGGUCACACAAGUGAAAUUGAUGGUGAAGGUGAUUACCAUCUUGCUAAUGCUAGUACGCCACUGGAUCAGCAUCAGCUCUCUCGCAGUACUCCAAAUGCUACGUCAGCAGCUAUGUUGAAUGCCUCUUCGUUUAUGGCAUUAUCCUGCCGCACACCAGGAGGAGAGUCGUCUUUCAAUUAUAGCACAACUAUGAAGCGGGCGCGAUCGAGAUCUACGACGCCGACUCACAACUUUACAGCGUCUUCGAGACUACAAGGUCUAGCUCAUCAAAGUCAACAAGGCCAUCAAGCAGGGUUGUCCGCAUCUUCUUCAUCGCAUCAGGCCUUCUCAAAAAUCACAGACUACAACUACAAGUCUGCCUCAUCAUCGACUAAGAAUACCUUCACUCGAUCACGUACACGGACAACGUCGAGGACGCGAGCCAGGAGUAAUGGGUCUAAUCCUGGUGUGGGCCCGCCAGUAGUUCAUAGAACUGUGUCACGGGGGAUGAACCAGGAAGCUCCGUUCGGCCAUCAUCAAGGAAAGGAUUCACCGUCGAUUGUGAGCGUCACCGAACACCAACAAGGGUCUCCUGUAGACCAGCAAUCACGAGAGCAGAUGAUGAUGAACUCGAACAACAAGGCAUCCAAAAACCUCCUCUUAUCUUCAAGCACAUCAAGAUCACGCGCACGAACCAGCAGCCACUUGAACACGGAAGAACUUCGCGCGAUAGAGAGGGAGUUGGAGGAGUUGACUGCGAUUAGUUUAGACGGGCUAAGUGUGGAAGACGACCAUCAUGUAGAUGGGGACAGUCCGCGGUUUGAUGAAGUAGAAGGGAAUCGACGUCCGUUUAGUUCUCCAGAAUUGUCACCUCCCUCUGCGAGUCUCGAAGUCAGGAAAAACAUAGCGUCUCGGAAGGCCGAAGCCGAGAGAAAACAUAAAGAGCGGAUGACUUCUAGGAGCAAUUCACCUUCAAAAAUAGGAGGCGGUAGACCUCUCUUGCCUGGUGCAGGGUUCUCUCAACAAAUAAACCAGCAACAAGCACACCGGAGUGUUUCUCCUUCUCGACGACGUGGGUCUUUGUCUCGUUCCCUGUCGCGUGAAAAUGUGUCAUUGUCGCGAACGAAUUCCGCAAGUAGAUUGAACGCGAUGAUGGGCAGUGGGCGUCGCGGAGCAAGUGCAAUUUCCACCAUUAAAGCUCAACAACAUCCUGAAGCUCAUCAUCAACAGCAGGUCAUGCUAGCCAUGAAUAACCAGGAGCAAAGUGGCAAUGCAAGCAAGAGUAGCAGCAACAGUGCCAAGAGUAGUGCUGUUUUAACGACGACGACUAGUGUGCCAGCUUCUUCUAAGAACAGUAAGACCACGUCGUCUUCUGGUGCUACGAGUACGGUGCGAGGAAGGUUACACGCGCUUUCACAAGAACAGCACCAAUCUGAGGUCGUGGAGCAGGAGAAUGUGAAUCUGACUGGUGAUGCAGAUGAAAGGAGCAUUGAUGAUGAACUUGGAACUGAUCAUGAUGAUCAAGAACACGAAUCUUGUUCACCUGUGCAAAAAGAUCAUCAGGAAGAUGAACAAGACGAAGAAGAUCAAAGUGGUGACCAAAACGACAACAGCAAUGAAGAUUCCAACACUUCUAGCCGAGAAGAUAGUGGGGGGAGUCUUUCUCCUGAAAGCAAAAUGCGCCUUCUGCAGUCUAACAAUCGGAAGUUGGACGAGUUGAACUUGGAGUAUCAGCGAAAAAUACUAGAAUUGGAGAAGGAGAAACUACAUUUGCAAGAAACGGCUUUCCUACAAGAACAUCAAGAGCGAAUACGCGGAGUAGAGCAAGAAAAACUUCAACAGCUAGCUGCACCGAUUUCAUCACCGAGUCCGACAUGGGCGAUUCGGUCGCCUACUUUGGGAGCAUUGCUGCAACACCCAGGAGGAGCAGGCAUGGAGCAUACCCUUGGUGCACACACAGGAAUAGUACGCGAAAAUAGUAGAAAUCAUGUCGAACAGGAACAACAGCAAGGCGUACUAGGACUAGGAGGCAGGAGCAGUAGUUCUACUAGUUCUAGUCCACCCGCUCAAUCACAAGAACAACUUAAGGUGCAACUGACGGCGGAAAAAGCAGAAGCUCCCUCUCCAGCCUCUCGACCAGCGGCACCUCUUCUUCAAGAUCAGUCCCAGGACCAAGAAAUUGUGGUAGCCCAGCUCCGCGAACAAAUCGAACGAAAGGACGCUGAAUACGAGGCGAUCAUUGCUUCAAAGUUGAUUGAAAACCAUCAAUUAGAGGCUGAAAAGCAGGACUUGGAGGAAAAAUGCGUCGAACUCUCGAGGAGAAUAGGUGCAGCAGAAACGGCGGCUAUUGUUGAGGAUCAUGGAGAACAAGCAGGAGGUACCUCCAUGCUUGCGUCUGCGUGUCUUGAAGAUGAAACGAAAGUAGAACAACAUGAUGCCAGUGGAGUGGACGUCGGGGCCAGGCCGGCAAGCGGCAACGCUUCUUCUUCUUUAUCUUCACCUUCAGGUGGUACUACGCAUAAAAAAUCCGACCCGUCAUCUUCCACCUUGGUCAUAUCAUCUCUAGAAGCCGAACUCACUUCACUGCAAGAGAAAAACGCAUCUUUAGAAGCAGAAGUUGAACGACUGAGGUUGCAACAAAAGCAAAGUGACCAGGAUCAUGAUCGGAGAAUAGAAGAGCUUGAGACUGCACUGGAGACUCAGGAAACAGCUUUGCGCAACGCUGCAGACGAAAUAGCAGAGCUUACUAGGUCCGUAGACGUUUCUAGGAAGGAAAUCACGCAAUUGGAGAGGGACAACUUCAGGUUAGAGCAGCACAAGAAAGAGUUGGAAAAAGGCAAAGGCAAGUUGGAAGCUGAGAAAGAAGAUGUCAUAGCAGCUUCAGCAUCGAACACGUCUGAAAUCAAGAGCGCAAUGGACGAACAGAGGCGACAAAGAGUAGAUCUUGAGAUAAAGAACGUUGAACUUCAAGCAGAGCUAAGCAAGUUGAAGUCGUUUAAGCAACAUCAACAAAUUUCGUCAGGUACUAAAGAAGAUGGCACUGAUGCUAUUGAAGAUCAAGAAAACAAAACUCCUGAUGAUGCUGAAAGAAGAAGUGCUUCUCAUCCUCAACAUCUGCCAAAACCAGUGCUGUCGUUUAAAGAACUGAGGCGGCGUGAGUUACUCUUGAUCAAGGGGGAAGCUGACCUUGCCGCGAGACAACGUCGAUUUCUCACCACGUCGACUCCUUUUAGCGAUUCCUCUUCAAAAAAUGCUGCCACAGCAGUGAAUCUCAGCAUCCUCUCCUCUUGUUCGAAUAUUCCAGACACCCCUGUUCUUUCUGACCACCCUGGCUGUGUAUGGCAUCGGGUUCCUUCAGAAGUGGAUUUGCUGUCACGCUCUCAAGGAGCAGGAGGAGUGCUUUCGAGGACGAGAUGAAGACGGCAUUCUUUCUAGCCUUCGCAUUUGCAUAAUUUGUGAUUUUGGAGAAACGAAAACGAUUCAUUGCUCUCACACUCACUUCCAGUUCUUAUUUAUUCUUUUGACCGCCACUGUUGACAAGAAGAAGGAAAACUACAUCUCUAUUUUACGCAAGCGCGAUCAGAAACUACAAGAAGAACAACGAACCUGCUCGAACACGCACUGACCACUCGUAGGACUAUUGAAUCCUCAUUCCUUUUUUGUCGUUAUUUGUCGGGUACAUUAAAUCAUCACAAGUCAAGGAAAGCUCCCUGUGCUCUCCUCGCAGGAUCAAACACGACUUUCUUUGCGUUGUUGCUUUUUGUUGGAGGUUUGU